AUGGCUGCAAACAAUUUAAGUGAAGAAGUUCGCCGCGAGGAAGACUUGCUUAACUUCGUCAGAGAUUUCCUCAAUUCCGAAGAGUUCACGCGUUUGGUACGAACUGAGGUCAAGGCGCCGGCCGAAUACGUACGCAAAAGGUUCUAUUGCAGAUGCACAGAGUGCUGGAUAAAACCCGAGAAGCCGCCGCCGACUCCCGCAGAACUGGUGAAAAAGGCGCGCGAGCUGAGUGUGCUGCAGAAGAAAUGGGCGAGACUGCAACGUGAGCGGCUCCAAGAGGAGACGCGUGGGAGGCUUGACCGUGAUGUCGAUGUGAUUAGAUCGAAAAUUGCCGAAGCACGGCGAGUCUUCUUGUGCCACAAGAAAGAACGUGAGCUACGUGAGAGGGAGCUACGCGAAGAAGUGCUCGAUGAUCUUCGACGUACCUUACAAGUCGACAUAAGCCGUCUCAGAGCCGACUGCAAGCCCGUCCAGAAAGUUUUGGCGUACAGAAAAAUUCGCCACACCCAGAGGAAGAGCAAGGGUCAGCGAAUUUUACACAUUAUCAGGAAGUUGCUGACCGAGCUGAAGCCUCCUCGCAAAUGGCAACCGAAACGGCUUAAGAAGAGGAAGCGCAUCCAUUCUGUGUUGCCCUCAGCAGUUCCCCCACGUGACUCAGUCGUCCUGAGGCAAAGUGAGGAAGUCCAGGUGUACGUCGAACCACCAGAACGGCCCCCAUCUCCAUGCCACUUGUCUGAACAAGCGCCCCCCAGGCGCGUGGAAGUGCGUGGUCUGCUCCUCCCGCUCAUACCAAACACGAACGAGCGGCCAAAAGUGAAAGCCGGCCACAAACAAAGCAUGGGCGAUAUCCUGGACCAAAUCGACGAGUUCGAGCGAAAGGAAUUGGAGCUGCUCCUCUUCGAGGCAAAGAAGCAGAGUGACAAGGUCUACCCGGCGGAUCGGGGUUUCUUCACUAAACCCAAGAGGCUUGUCUACCAGAGCUUCCAAAAUGGACACGACUACCCUAGGAAGAUUCGGGUUUACAACGGGGGAUGCGUGACGAAGAAGUGCUCGUUCCGCUUCAUCAAAAUGGAGCCGACGAAUUUGAUCGAGGUUGAGGCCGUGGGCGUGCAAAGGUUGCUGCCUGGCAUGUUCGUCGACUUGAUCUUUACCUUCCAUCCGGAGGAGGUCGCGACGGUUCUGCGAGCCGAGGCAAUAUUCCUCACGCAUCACGCCCAAGGCGUGGCGCAGUUCUCCCUCCCGAUCAUCUGCGUUCCGGCGUACGUCUUGGUCGGAAUCGAACCGGCCGUACUUCGCUUUCCCAGCCGGCCAAUUUGGGAGGCGAAAAGUGCGCCGGCGAGUAGGCGGCUAAAGAUUGUGAACUACGGGAGUAAGGAUUGUAAGGUGCUGAUUCGUCACUCCCCUGUCGUUGAGGAAAGCGUGUGCGAGCUUGAAGAAUGUCAAGAGGUUCCCGGUAACGGAGAGGGAGAGUCGGAGGAGUUAGACGAGGGGGAGUUCAUUGUCGUGGACGACGUCCAGCGCUUGGUCGAGCGAUGCCUGAGCAACGUUUUUGCGCCGUUUGUAUUUGAGGCUUAUUGCCUGAAUUUGCCACGUCGGAGUAACGUGAAGGUCACGGUGCGUUUUCAAAAUAUUGACUACGUAGGAUUUUACCACGAGCGCUACCUCAUCGAGGUCUUCGAGCACGAGGAGGAGACGCUUAAACACGUCGGGAGUCAGGAACUGGAGCUCUCAGCAGAGAUCAGUGGGCCGUUUAUUGAAGUUGCACCGCUCACGCUCGAUUUCGGCACUUGCGUGUUCAACUCCGUCUACCAGCUCAACUUCAACAUCCGCAAUACUGCUCAUCUGCCCCAUGGACUCGAGGUCAAAUUCCCUUCGAGCUUGGCCAAGCAUCUCCUCACCAACGCUAACAACAUAAUCAUCCAGGCGGAGAGUGUCAACACUUACUACGUGAAGUUAAUUCCGAGGUCGGAAAUGAUGGAAACCAAAUUUUACACGCCCGAAACGCGGAUAUUGGAAUUUCCGGUCUACGUGUGCCUGUCGUCGAAGGUGCCACCUUGCAAGAUGGUGGUCACCUCAAUACUGACCGAGGCGAACGGGCUGACGAUCUCGUGCGACGACAUGCGCUUCGGCAGUUCGGUGAUCGACAUGGGCGUCUGCACCACGGCCGAAACUGUCUACACCACGCUCAAUCUCACGAACAACUCCCACGUCUUCCAAGUCUACGGAUUCGUCGAUUUACCCGAGACCAUUCAGGUGUCGCCCGACUGCGGGUUUGGAGAGCUCCGGCCGUUCGAGACCAAAACGCUCACGAUGGCUUUCAGUCCUGAACCGGGCGACUCCUUUGGCUACGGUUUGACAGUGGAGACGCUCAAAGGUCUGGGCGCGAUCGGCGAGUUAAAGUCGAGGUUUUCCUACAGACGCAUCAAGAGGGCGGUGCAAGCGGUGCGUAGUGAGUUGGAGCGAGAGUCCGUCGAGCCCUUGGUGGAGAUGAUGAUCGAGUUUCUCGUGUUAGCGGGACGGGUUGAGAAUUUUGUUGCGGAUGCGCCAUUGGUGUUCGACGCCUCCUUGGAGGAUCUCCACUAUCCGUCGGUGGAAUCGGAAGUGAAUCUUCGGGGAAAUGCGAUAUCGGUGCGAGCGCAAGUGGUUGCGCCGUUGUGCGACUUGUCGCACCAGUGGGUCACCUUUCCAGAUACCCCUUGCGGGUCGUACUCACUCAUGGGCAUCGAAUUGCGCGCGCAGUCUGGCAUUGAGGGCGCCAGCUGCGUGUGCGGUUAUGAGAGGAAGCGCUCCGCCUGCAAGAGUCACAUGGAGUUCGAGGCGCGUUUUAAAAUUGUCGGUGAUACGUCUGGGAUUAGCGUUGAACCUAGUUGCGGCCUCCUCAAAGCAGGCGAAAGGCUCAAGCUGACACUGGUAGCGCGACCUGAGCUCCCCAAGGAGUUGGUGACGGAGACAGCCACCGAGUUAAAAGCACGCCAGCUGCUUCAGAAGAAAUUGGACGAGUGGUACUUGCAGCAGAAGAAAAAAGCACCGACGGUGGAGCCGCCCGAAUUUGAAAUUGAUCGUAGUGCUAUUGUCAUUGAAACUUCCGAUCUAUACCCCGCUGAAGUUGAGGCUUCAAAACUCGUAGACCCCUUCCGUAUCACCGCGAAGUUUUGCUGCACAAUCUCCUACUCCAGCUCCCAAUUUGUAAGAAGCCCCGAAAAGCUCUACUUCGUGGCGGAUUGCCAGGCAACCAGGCCCAGCUUCGUUCACAACCUCAGCAGUCAACAAAUCGACUUCGGGACUGUCCUGAUCGGCACCUCCUCCAGAAAGAUCAUCUCGCUACACAACAUAUCAGACCAAUGGAUUAGACCAACCGCCACCCAUGUCUCGCCCACCGGCUGCUUUAGUCUGCCGAACUUGGACGUCAGCCUACCACCGGAGCGUAUCCUAAAACUGCCCCUAACCUUCAGGCCGGAUCGAACAAAAAAGAUGAUCGAGUAUUUCGAAAUACGCGCCGGCGACACAGUCUGGCCAUUGGUCGUCGGCGGGGAAGGCGCGAACGCUAGCUUCACCAUCGCGCCCGAGUUCCGCGUGUGUCGACUGGAAGCGGCGCAUGGGGGAUUCUCCGACUGCUCGAUCGAGGUUAACAACACAUCGCCGGCUCCCCUGGCGCUUACAAUCGUCCAACUCUGCGAGUUAGAGGGAGCGAUCACAUCAGGUGUAGCAUCUCCGAAGAAGAAAGAGGUCACCAAAAAGUUUUCGCAAGACCUUACCGAAGGCGAGGAGAGCUCCAUCCAAGAAUUCUUCAAACUUGCGCAAGGCGAAUCACGCUUUCGACUGAUGGGCACGGACGAUCAAGUACUGUCCAUCCAACCGCUAGAAAAGAAAGUGAUGAAAAUUCGGUUCGAGACACCUCGCUCUGCUCAGGGCCCGAAAGUAGGAAAAGGGGCACCGCGGCCGCCUCCGCUGUCUUACGUUGCUAAAUAUAAUAUUCUGUUAGGCACUUCGACCUUUGUACAAGAUGUAAUAAUAAUUGCAAAGUUUAAAUAAA